GCACAUUCCAAUGCGUUGUCUUCUCUGACAAUGACGUCAUCAAAAACACUAAUGUCACAACAGAUCAAGGGAGAACAAUAAUACCUCUGCCCUUAUACCGGCUAAAAAAAUCUUCUAUGCCAGAAGUGUUUAAUCGCCCUGGCGGCGGUUCAAGGCGAAGAAACUCCAAGAGUAAAUUUUGCUGUUUUCCAAGGUGUGCUGUAUCGUGGUUAUAGAGGGUCGCGGAUUUGUAGUGCGUUGUUUACAUUCACUUAGAUUCAAGUCAAAACACUCUCGUUUCCGCUCGUUGACUUAAAAUUGUCUGAUAAAAGUUCGGUAGUUCCGAAGUUCGGUUACGAUUCCACUUCCUUUAUUGGUUUGGUCUUUUCCUGCUCCCAAUCACCUCGAUCGCUGCGGUGGGGAACAUAAAAGAGCGACCAAAAAAGACGGCACAGUCACACGGAGAAGACCUAUCCGAAAAUCUUGGAAAUUUGCCCAGUUCUGUGCGCCUUAGCUUGAACGUUGAAAGGCAAAGGGGUGAGAGUACCGCGCAGCCCAAAUCUCUCCGGAGCACGAAACACGGUAAAAACUCCAGUAAAAGUGACUGAAAAGCCUUACACAUGGCUCUAAGUGUACGCAAUCAGAAGAAAAGGUCGCACGAGUCUUGCUGUAAUCACGACCCUGUUGCGUGUGGGGGUACGUCCUGUGACAUUCCCAAAUGGCUUAGCUAUCUUCUAGUGUUUGCAUCCAGCGCGUCCAUACCGCUCUCACUUGUAACCCAUUCAAAUCACUUCUUACAAAGUCCAGAGGGCUAUGCAGAUGGAGGCGACUUGUACUCACAUUUCGUAGAAGCUUGCCACGUGCGGACGCUUCUGAAACAGGGGGUAACGGACUUCUGGUUCGAUGGACUUACACUAGGGUACCCGUUGAUCCUCGCCUAUCAACCUUUGCCGAUGCUUCUCUCUGCCUUUGCUAUGAUGAUCACGGAAGGAUACAUGAGUGGUGCCCAGACCUUUCGCUUCCUCUUCCUCUGUCUCCUUACGGUCAUGCCGUGGACCUGGUUCCUAGGUGCGCGGCGGUUAGGCAUGACUAGGCUCCAGUCCUCGCUCAUCGCCAUGUUGGUCUUCAUGCUCAGCAGCUGGGCGAGCUUCGGAUUUGAGCUGGGGGCGUUUAGAAAUUAUGGUCUGUACUCGCAGGCUUAUGGAAUGGCACUGUUGCCUCUUGCAGUUGGCACAAUGUUCCGGUUCGUGGUCAAGGGUGAAGGAUCACGGGAUGCCACCGCAGUCUUCCUCGCGCUGACCCUGCUCUGCCACACCCUCCUCUGUAUCUACACCCUCCUGACUACAGCCUGCCUUUUGGCUAGCUACUUCCUAGCGACUCUCAUUUCUAGGCAAACCCCGUCUUACACAAGCUCGGGGGAAAGUCCAAAGUGCAGUGAUUACGACCCAAGACAGACUUGCCCCGACAUUAAGUGUAGCCCGGACUGCUAUUGCAAAAUAUACUCAGAUGAACACGUUCGCAGCUCGGAAGAAAGCCAAAAAUUCUAUGAUAACGACCACAGGCAGACUUGUGCCGGCACUGGGUGUACCCAGGGUUGUUGUUGCAAGAAUUGUUCAAAUAAAAGCAACUCCUCAGAUGAUAUACACCAUGAAAAGUCCUCAAAGACAGAAUUAAAAAAUCAAGACCUUCCUCCAUUUAAUUUCAACCCUAUACGCACUCAGAAUUGUAAAUGUUACUCUUCAGAGGAAUCAAAUCAGGAUGAGCCCAUGGAACCCUUUUCCUGUGUUGAGGCCUCGAGAUUACGUGGGGGCGAGAUCCAGACAUCUUUUCGAAGCGGGCCGAAUGUCAUACCAAUCACAGGGCAGGCAAAAGCCUCCGUGAUUUACCCUGAUGUUUACGUAGUAGAUCCGAGUGGGACUCGCUCACACAUAACGUGUUCCGUCGGAGCCUCUGAAGAUACCUAUAGUUCGUCAGAUGGACCCUCAUCUGACUCGGCUGUUCACUUGUCCGAGGAUAAUGACCCAAAAUCAUACAUUAGUUCACAGCCAGACCCACCAAUACCUGAACACGCUCUUACCUCUAUUAGCAUUGACUCCAACUCAAACACAACCGAUCUUGGAUCACAAACAGACCCUCCAUUGCCGCAAACCACUUCUAGUCCAGUUAGUAUAGAUUCCAAUACAAGCACGGCCUACCCCUCCAUGGCUCGUACCGACGACCCCCCUUGCUUCAGCCACGUGAUUUGUCGUGCAAUCGAUGUCCACCUGCGCAGCUUUUUGCUCUCCUGGUGGUGGAUUGUACCCGCUCUGGCAAACAGACAAUACGUCGGCGGGCUCCCCUGGAAGUCGGAUACUGUCAACUUCGGGUUCACUCCAAGUGACAUCACAAAGAAACUCCUGACAGGCGAGGUGUAUGAUUACGGGCGGAGUGUACCGUUUAUCACCCUAGGGGCCCUCACGGGUCUAGCCCAUAUACUUCUGUGCUUGCCACUACAAGGAUCCUCGGCUAGCCGGUCUAGUAUACUACACACAUGGCUUUUACUGACGUUCGUGACUUCGUUAUUUCUAUUCUUGGGAAGGACAACGUUCGGGCUGUGGUACGAUUUGAUUCCGUUUCACUCUGAGAUAGAGUCCAUGCGGUACAUCAACGGGCUUCAUUUCAUUGGAUUGUUACUCUGCGCCGUUGGAUUGUCGUGUCUAGUUCUACGCACAUGCGCACUUGUGUCAAGAGUGAUGGGUGGCAGAGUGAAACGUGUGCUUGUUGUCACGUGCCUCGUGACCACGCCCUUGUUGAUUGGCAGGCAGAUUGAGCGAGCCAAUGAGAGUUUGUCAGUGAGUGAAGUGAGCACAAGGUAUAAGGAAGCUAUGCUGAAUUUGCAAGAGCAUCCACUGACCGGAAGAGUUUAUGGACACAAGGAAUUUGGAACCGGUGGGCCGUGGGAGUUAUCAAUGGUCCCUUACAAUUCCAGGAAACCGGGCGUCAUGACGUAUUCCCGGGGUUUCCAUGACACUCUGUCCGUGUUUUACCUGGAAUCUGUGCGCCCAGACUUAUCAACAACACCUUGGUUCCCACAUCUCAUGCAGCUGUACAACAUACGCUACGUCAUGGCCAAAACGAACUUGAUUUCCAAAGAUUUCCUGGACAAGUGCGAUCUUCGAAGGCUGUCACAACUCCAUAACGGAUCAUCUGUUUUUGUACGCUCGCCUAAUGUGGGUUAUGGCUUCUUAGAAUUCGUUAGAGUCUCAGGAUACGUAUCUGGAGAUUUAAAAGGAAUGCGCCAAACAGUGCUUAGUAUAACUCAAAUCUAUCAGAACAAACAACUAUUGACAAUUAACCCAAAAGGGACAAUUUCUAAGAAUGUUCCAAGAAUUUCUGUUGCACCGAUGUGGAAAGAUCAGUCAUUUCUUGGUCCGAGUGUUUUCCCGUUACUAUGGUUACAACCGUUCAGUGGCUUUGGUGUAACGUGGACUAUAAAUAGGCGGCCUGUGUCCGAGGCGACCUGGGUAAAGAAGAUCACGAGAGGUCGUAGUGAGGAUUCUAUAGUGUCUGAGGUACUAAAGGAGAAGGUGGAUCUGAACACGUACAGUGCAAUUGUUAAUGUCCAAGGACAGGCACAGUCGGACAUCUUCACCGCAGAACAUCUUCUAUUGAAGGUCACUUACCACCCUUACUGGACUUGUCGCUAUAGCAACACCGUGACAGGCUCGAGCCUUGACGUCAUCUCCAGCCAGGAGCUCCAGGAGCAUGCUUUUCACGAGUAUGACCGCUGGACGGAAGUGCCUAUUCACCACGUGACUCCAAACCUCAUGAGCAUCGUCUUACCACCAGGAAGACAUCACGUGAUUUGUUCAUUUCAUAAUCCACUCUACCAGAAACUAGCAUUUCUAAUGUCUGUUCUGACCAUACUUAUGAUAGUCAUUCAUGAGGUUUUGAUAUCAAUUUCAAAGUUCAGGGUGACUAAGUGACCCCCUGUACAGAAUUUUACCAACAGCGCUUAUUUACUGUAAGAGACCUUUUGAAGAACACACGUUAUAAAGCGGGUCGGCUUGGGCCAACACGCACCCUCCACCCUUUCGCCUCUGAUCGCCAAAAAAUCGUUCUUUUACUAUUAAGCACUUUAUCUUAUUUAUUCAUUUAUUGUCUGAAUGACUAUUUAAAAAUGAUCAUUUUAAUUCCCAUUAUUAAUUUAUUGUCUGAAUGACUAUUUAAAAAUGAUCGUUUUAAUUUCCAUUAUUAUUAUAUAAACAGAGGAUUAAAGCACGUUACAGUAAACCAGUCAAACUGAAAAGACUAUAAAAACCGUAAUAAAUCAUACUUAAUUCAUA